CAAAAACAAGUAUUCCAGAGGAAAACUGGACCACAUAUUCAAGAAGCUGCAGGAGAAGUUUAUCUCUCUAGUGAAGAACGAGCUAAACACAUACAAGAAGAUCCUGAGUCCAGAUUACCCAGCAUGCUCUGAGGGAGAGGUGGAUAAUGAUCAGAAGGAGGGGGUGCUGAAGAUCACACUGCACAUCCUGAGGAACAUGAAUCAGACAGACCUCGCCAACACACUAGAGAGCAAAUUAGCCCCAGCAUGUCAACGAAAGCUCAAAUCCAAGCUGAGAGAAAAGUAUCAGAGAAUUAAUGAAGGAAUUUCAGGCCAUGUAAAGUCAGCACUUCUGAAUGAAAUCUACACAGAGCUCUACAUCACAGAGGGAGGGGUUGGAGAUGUCAAUCAGGAACAUGAGGUGAAACAGAUUGAAGCUGCAUCCAAGAAAAAAACAACACAGGAAAGACCAAUCAAAUGCAACGACAUCUUUAAACCAUUACCAGAACAGAACCGGCCCAUCAGAACUGUACUGACUAAAGGAGUUGCUGGAAUUGGAAAGACAGUCUCUGUGCAGAAGUUCAUUCUAGAUUGGUCUGAAGGAAAAGUAAAUCAGGACGUUCUCUUCAUAUUUCCACUUCCUUUUAGAGAACUGAAUCUGAUGAAGGAGAAGAAGCUCAGUCUGGUGAAUCUUCUUCAGAGCUUUUUCCCAGAAACACAAGAUUUAAAACCAAGACAUUAUCACAAGAGCAUGUUCAUUUUUGAUGGUCUGGAUGAGUGCCGACUGCCUCUGAAUUUCCAGAACAAUGAGAACUUGGUGGAUAUAGAAGAGCAAACCUCAGUGGAUGUUCUGCUGACGAACCUCAUCAAGGGGAAUCUGCUUCCCUCUGCUCUCCUCUGGAUCACCUCUCGACCAGCAGCGGUCAGUCUGAUCCCUCCUGAGUGUUUUGACCAGGUAACAGAAGUGCGGGGUUUCAGUGACCCUCAGAAACAGGAAUACUUCAGUAAGAGGAUCAGGGAUCAGGACCUGGCCAAAAAAGUAUUCACACACAUCAGGUCUUCAAGAAGCCUCUACAUCAUGUGCCACAUACCGGUCUUCUGCUGGAUUACAGCCACUGUUCUAGAGAGGAUGCUGAGUGAAGCUGAGAGUGGAGAAAUUCCCAAAACCCUGACGCAGAUGUUCACACACUUCCUGAUCUUUCAGAUCAAACACAAGAGCCAGAAGUACAGUGGGAAAAGUGACCCUGAUCCUCAGCAGACUAGAACAAGUAUCCUGGCUCUGGGGAAACUGGCGUUCAAGCAGCUGGAGAAAGGAAACCUGAUCUUCUAUGAGGAAGAUCUAAGAGAGAGUGGUAUCGAUAUUAAAGAAGUGUCCGUGUACUCAGGAGUGUGUACCCAGAUCUUCAGGGAGGAACAUGAGCUGCACCUGGGGAAGGUCUUCAGCUUUGUACAUCUGAGCGUUCAGGAGUUUCUUGCUGCUUUAUAUGCAUUCAUCUGCUUCAUUGACAGAAGCUUUCUGAAUCAGCAAAUCCUUAAAUACCAAAAACCUGAACUAUCUGCACUCUCCAGCAGGUCAAUGAUGACUGACUUCCUCAGCAGUGCCAUAGACAGAGCCUUACAGAGUGAGACUGGACACCUGGACCUGUUCCUUCGAUUUCUUCUGGGUCUCUCACUGAAGUCUAAUCAGACUCUAUUACGAGUCGUACUGACCCCAACAGAGAGGAUCUCUGACAGCAAUGAGGAAACAGUCCAGUACAUCAAGAAGAAGAUUGAGGAGAACUCAUCUCCAGAGAAAUCCAUCAAUCUGUUCCACUGUCUGAAUGAACUGAAUGAUCAUUCUCUGGUGCAGGAAGUUCAGAAAUACCUGAGUGGAGGUGGUGACCAUCGACUUCAAAAGGCCAGGCUCUCUCCUGCUCAGUGGUCAGCUCUGGUGUUUGUGUUGGUGAACUCAGAAGAAGAGCUGGAGGAGUUUAACCUCAGUAAAUAUGAUCCAUCAGAGGAGUGUCUUCUGAGGCUGCUGCCAGUAGUUAAAAUAUCCAGAAGGGCUGUACUAGCUUCAUGUAAUCUUGGAGUAAAGACAUGUGAAAAUCUGGAAUCAGUUUUAAACCUGGAAAACUCCUCCCUGAAAGAGCUGGACCUCAGUAACAAUGACCUGCAGGAUUCAGGAGUGGAGCUGCUCUCUGCUGGACUGAAGAGUUCACAAUGUAAACUGCAGAUUCUCAGAUUAUCUGGUUGUAUGAUCACAGAGAAAGGCUGUUGUUCUCUGGCUUCUGCUAUAAUUUCAAACCCCUCCCACCUGAAAGAGCUGGAUCUGACCUACAACCACCCAGGAGAGUCAGGAGUGAAGCUUCUUUCUGACAGACUGGAGGAUCCACACUGCAAACUGGAGAAACUCGGAGUGGAACAUGGAGGGAAGAUCAGAAUCAAACCUGGAUUCAAAAAAUACGGCUGUGAUUUCACUCUGGAUCUGAACACAGCGCAGUGUAAUCUCUCUCUGAGUAAGAAGAACAGGAGGGUGGAGUGGAGAGAGGAGCUGCAGUCGUAUCCUGAUCAUCUAGAGAGAUUUAAUGAGUAUCAGCAGGUUCUGAGUAGAGAGAGAGUUACUGGUGUUACUGGACGCUGUUACUGGGAGGCUGAGUGGAGGAGUGGGGGAUAUGGAGCUGUUGUAGCUCUGAGUUAUAAAACCAUCAGCAGGAAAGGAGGAGGAUCAGACUGUGGGUUUGGAGAGAAUAUAAACUCCUGGAGUCUGAUCUGCUUUGAUUACGGUUAUACUGUUUUUCACAAUAAUAAGAGAACUGAACUCCCCACUCCUCCCUCCGGCUGUAGGAGAGUAGGAGUGUAUGUGGACUGUCCCUCCGGCACUCUGUCCUUCUACAGAGUCUCCUCUGAUACACACACACCCUCACACACUCUCACACACUUAUACACAUUCUACACCACCUUCACUCAGCCCCUCUAUGCAGGGAUUGGGGUUUAUGAUUCUGGCUCCUCAGUGCGUCUGUGUAAGAUAGAAUAACCCUGUGUGAAACAGAGUGUGUGU